AUGGUAUCAGAUGUCAAUACUUUCAAAAGUAAUUCUACUUAUAUGAGCAGUGGUGGAAAUACGGACGUGGAACACCAUCAGCGGGAUGUAUUUACGCAUCUAUACAAGGAUGCAGUGUUGAAGCAGCAGAAACAACAACAACAACAACAACAACGACAACGACAACAACACCACCAACAAGAAGAAGAGUAUAUGGGAACAAGGCAUGUAUCUGUACAUAAUGAUAUUACACCCAUUGCACCGCAGCGAAAAAACUCAAUCUUGGGAGAUCCGGAAACGAGUGAGAUGCUUCCUGGCAUUACACCAUUUGCAACCAAUAAACGUAUUGAUAAACUCGCACUUCCACGUGGUCCGGAUCACACCACCCUUAUACCUCCUUCACCAAAUUAUGGUCGUUUACUGAACUUUACGGAAGAGGAGGCGGAAGAAAAUGCACGACGUCGACGUCAUCAUAGUAUUAAUAAUAAUAAUCAUCAUAAUAAUAUCUCUCGACGUUUCUCUCAGGUGACUAUUCCAACAUGUAAUCCAAGAAUUAAUCGCUUGGCCACACCAAAACAGUAUAUGGAAUAUACACCACCAGUAUCUCGAAGAAAUUCCUCUAUAUCUCGAAAAAACACCUCUUCUCGUGGACAGGACGAACGUCAGGAAUAUCAAAGACCCCGUCAAAGGUCUUCUACACCAUUGCGUCGUACUCAACCUGUGUUUCGUUUUUAA